AUGGCGCCCUCGCGCGUGUUCGCCCCUGGGCCCAGGUUCUCCGUCCGGCUCGUGAGCAUCGACUACUACAUGGCGCGGCCAAUUCAAGGCGUGGAUGUGUGCUAUUCGGAAUUUGCGGGGGAGCAAGUCGACUCCGUGCCCGUCGUGCGCAUCUUCGGCCCGACGUCGGGGGGCCAGGUUGCCUGCGUGCAUCUCCACAAGGCCUUUCCAUAUUUUUACAUUCCAUACGAUGAUGACCUACCAACUGCGCCUGCGGAUGUGUCGUUGUUCCUCCGCAAAGUUGGUCUGGGUCUGGAUUCUGCCCUCAGGGCUGCCCGGGAGGCCCAUGGAGGAACCCGCCGGCAGUACGUUCACAACGUACAGCUGGUCAGAGCCAUACCCUUUUAUGGGUACCAUGGGAAGGAGAAGUUUUUCAUGAAAAUGGUCAUGUACUGCCCCCUGGACGUUGGGAAAGCUGCAGAUAUGCUACAGACUGGUGUCAUCCUUGGUCGAGAGUUCCAGCCCCACGAGUCGCACAUCCCUUUCCUACUGCAGAUUAAGAUUGACUUCAACCUCUAUGGGAUGUCUCAACUUAAACUGUCCAAGGUGCUGUUCCGGCCGCCACUGCCCGAUGCUCACAUGUGCAGGACAGACUCUUGGCAGCGAUUCGCAAAGGGAAUGCUUGCGCAUGAAGCAGUGCAGGCAUCUGAUGGUCACAUGGAUUCUCUGCAUGCUGUUGCAGAAGCCAUAUGGAUAAAGACAACGAUCCCCACCACGUAUGUUUGGGGUGGCGGGGAGCUCUUAACAAGCUUGGAGACGUCACAGGAUGCUCUUCGAGCAGUGACACAGGCAGCAAACGCCCUCACUGCUGCACACGAUGGCCCAUCACAUACUGCAUCGCAGAUGGGCUGUGCUUCUGGUGUGGCUGCGCUACCUGAAAGUGACAUGCUGCGGGCUGGAGCAGAUCUUGUGGACAAAGCCGCUCUGACACAGAUGCUGGGGCAGCGACAAGGCGAUUCACAAGCCAGCGAUGGCCUUGAUGAUAAUGAUGAAAGAGCGUACCCUUCACCGGCAGAUCCUCUGUUGGUGCUUGCAGAUCUUGUUGACGAAGAUGACAACACUUUUGGUACUCCCUGUGAUGCUGCAGCAAAGCUGCGUGCAUCUGCUGAAGAAGAUCAGAAAGAUUGUUAUGACAUACUCGAGUGCAGUUUAGAAGUUGAGCAGGACACCAAAGAGAAGAAGGAUGGCCUUGGUGGUGAUGGAUCUGGUAGAGGCGUUUCUCAAAUGGGUAAGGAAGAUGAACAGUGCAAAUCGAAACUGGGAGCCUGUACAUCGCAACCAGAACUUGGCAUGUCAGCUUCCCAAACAGGAGAAGAAUAUCGCAUCUGCGACGAGCCAGCGUGCCAGAAGGCAAGGAGCCAGGACAGAGAAUAUGGGACGGAUGGCUGUGACAAGGCGGGGUGCUCGGCAUCUGCCAUUGGAACACAAGGCCGGCUGCAGCAUGGUGCUGUGUCGCCAUCGCAAACACAGAGGUCCCCGUGCACAUCAGCAGCAGCAUAUUCUCCUCUGCCCUUGGAGCUGUCCACUCCACCAGAAGUCAUUAGAGUGAGGGGCGAGACUGCUGCAGACCACUUGACACCAGCAAAGAGAAAACUGCGUUUCCAGUCAUCGCAGACUUCUGAUCCAGGGAGCAGCAGGAGUCAGUCAAGAAAGAGACCCAGAUUGCGUGACAAACGAAGUCAAGGCUGUGACAACUGUGAAACAGUGGCAAGUGGACAGAUCAAGUUGGAUUCAGCAUCCGAUGCUUUGGCAACUCAGGCAAUCAGUGAACCUGGAUGUGGCGAAGUGGGUCUGAGGAACGUGCCCACGGUUCCCCGAAGUUAUCGUGUGGGACUUGCACGCCCAGCCAAGAAGAAUGGCUUGCCAUCUUUGGUGGCAGGCAGCAGGACACUGCAUCGUGGCAUGGCUUCAGAGUUGACACCGCCUCAAUGUGGGAGAACUGAACUUGAUGUCAACAAUAACCUGAGAUGGGAUGAACAUGGCACCCUGGGUGACAAGGGAAGAGUCUCAGCCUUUCAUCCAGAGUCCAGAGAAGGUGGGAGUCUUGAUGUCCAUCAGCACAGUGAUAGAGUGGCAGAUGGCAUUCACCGUAAGUUGCUGCUGGAAGCAGGAGCCGGCCAUAGGGAAGGAAUGGUGCAGUCCAAAGAGAAGGUCAGAGUGGAAACUUAUGUUGGUCGCUCAAGUUUCGGAUUCCUGAAGAAGCCAAUCGCAGCCAAGGGUCGCCACCAUUCACGUCAAGAGGUGAAGGAAGCAUACAAGGAUGCAAUGUUGGCCAGACAGCCCUUGCUGCAGGAUGAUCUUAACGAAAUGGAAGGGGACCACAAGACAUGCCGUCAGAACUCUCAUAAAGUUGUGCCAGAGAGCAGGGAUGACUCACCUUCAAUGGUGGGGGUGGUUGCUGGGGAGACUGAGGGUGCCAAGAUUGCAACUGCGAAACCCAUAUGCCACAGUGGUGAAGCCAGCCCUAAGCUUUUGCUAACCCACAGAUGCACAAGUGGAAAUGUUCAGGCUUGCCAAUCUGCCGUCAGAGUGGUAUCAGAAGCAGAAGAUGGAGGUCCAUCCAGUGUUGUCGAAAUCGCGAGUGAUGCACAGCAGCCACUGGGGAACAUUGAGAAUGUUGAGCUGGGAAGUUGCCUCAGGGAUGAAACCGGUGCAGCAGGGCCCCAGUUUGAGGGCAUCCCAGACUUGGAGCUCAGCUUCAGGUGCCCACAAGACACAGAUAUGGCAGCCAUUGAAGAGCAGGAUCCUCUCCAUGAUGACCUUCCCAGUUGUGUCAUUCCAGGCAGGCCGUCAGCCCAGAAGCCAAAGGUGGAACGUCACAUGCCACCUGCAUGGAUCCACGUCCCCAACUGCAGCAUACUCGAUUGCCGUGACCUUCCAAACCAUGGACUGCAAACCAGCAGUGAGCAUGGCGCCCAGACUUGCCCUCAGCAGGCUACCCCAAUACCCAUUAAUUUCAGGACGCCUGGGAUAACAUCAGGCAAGGAGGCUGGGAUGCUGUUGGGGGCAAAUUCCAAUAUGGUGAAUAUCCCAGGCUCUGUUCUGCCUUCCCUAACGCCGUUGGCACAACGCACUGGAAAGCAUGGUGAACAGACACCAAUGCACUGCCUUUCAACACCCGUCCUGAUGGGGCAGCUGACACAGCAGACUCCUGUGAAGACAUUAGCACCCUUGGCUGCCUUGCCUGGGACAUCUUUGAUAGCUCCAACUCCAGAAGGGGGGCCAACAUCGAGUUACCGAACCAGGAGGCGGCCGCCGCCCCCGGCAGAGGUAUUGGCUGACCUGAUCCAUGGGUCUGGUGGUUUGGAGGUCAGUCAAAAGCCGUUUUAUGGUAAUCCCUACGAUGCCCCUCCUGGUUCCACAGUCAUGGCAGGCAUGGAGUUUCGCAACCCCACGAGCAGCAUUGCUGAUGCUGUGCCAUUCGCUGCGGAUGGAGGCAUUCUUGACAGUUUGCUUGUGGUUGUCGAUGGGCCAGUGGAUGCUGAAGGGGCUUAUGGGAGUGACACAAACUCAAGAGUUGUCAUCCCACAGGGUCCAUUUCAGGAUCGAUAUGGCGGAUGGCCCUGUGUGCCCAGACUCCGACCGCCUUUGCAAAAAGAGGUGGACGAUUGGCUGUGCGAGGAAAGAGCCAAGGCGCGUGCAGCUCCAAAGGGACAAGAUGCAGGGAGUGGACAUGAGGUGUUGGCCAGAAUGGACGCCAAUACAGGAAAGCUUGUUGCUGAACUCAAGCUGACUACACAGGACUCUGAAGGAUUUCUGACCAUGUCUUUGGAGGAUGGCAGUGAACAGGCUGCAGCUGUGAUCAAGACUGACAGUCAGGCACCCAUCGGGGUGCUCCAGGGGGAAGUGGCCGCCUGUCCAGAAUUAACCCCUCGGCCGCCAUCCCCAAAGUAUGACGAGCGGACUUGCUUCUUCACAACAGUCAACACACCGCUGGCACAAACCACUGGGAGAGCCAAUUCGACGGGAGGUGAUGGCAGUGCCAGGGAUCCACGGUCUCCACCCACUCCGCUCGUUCGCUCAGCAAAGCCAGGUGGCACCACAUCGCAGUUCACACUGCCCACUCUGCAACAGGCAGGAAGCAAGGUGACGCCUGUCAGCCAGGCAGGGUUCAAGAAAGGAAUGCCAGACGAGGCCCAGGAGCUGGUCGUGCUGAGUGUGGAGGUCCAUACAAACUGCAGGGGACACCUGCUUCCUGACCCUCGAUAUGACGAGAUCCGCUGCAUCGUUCUGGCCGUCACCGGCGGUAGCUAUGGCAUUAGUGACGGCACCUUUCCGACCCACGUGCUGAUCUCCUGCCCUCCAGAAGAAGCUCGUAAUGUCACGGCGCCCAUGAUCAGCAACUGUAUUACCAGGCACUUCUCCUCCGAGGUCGAACUGCUGAAAGGCUUUGUCGAGUCUGUAGGCGUCUUGGACCCGGACAUCGUGCUGGGCUUCGAGGCCCAGAUGGAGUCGUUGGGUUACCUGUCGGACCGCGCCAAUCAGCUGGACAUGAAUCUCCUUCGAAUUAUGUCCAGGGUGCCCGGGAGAUCCAGCCUUAAGGAGGGGCAAGUGGACCAGUACGGGUACAAGAAGGCCACGGGCAUCCACAGCGUUGGCCGAAUAUUCCUCAACCUCUGGAAGAUUCUGCGCGCGGAGGUGAAGCUCAACAUCUACACCUUCGAGCGGUGUGUUGCGGCGGUCCUGCAGCAGCGAGUGCCCUGCUUUUCCCCGGCGCAAAUGUCCUCCUGGUUCCAGAGCGAACGUGGAGGAAGCCGAUGGCGGUGCAUCCGACACGUCGUGCGCCGCGCCCGCCUGAACUUGUCGAUCGUGGAGCAGCUGGAUCUGGUGGGCAGGACGGCAGAGCUGGCUCGCACCUUCGGCAUCGACUUCUUCAGCGUGCUGACGCGCGGAACGCAGUACAGGGUGGAGAGCAUGAUGGUGAGACUGGCGCACAGCCAGAACUACCUCAUGGUGUCGCCGAGCAAGAAACAGGUCCACCACCAGCCCGCCAUGGAGUGCCUUCCGCUGGUGAUGGAGCCCCAGUCACGGCUGUACACCGAUCCGGUUGUCGUACUGGACUUUCAGUCCCUCUACCCGUCGGUCAUCAUCGCCUAUAACCUGUGCUACUCCACGUGCCUCGGGAGGGCCUGUCACUCGUCCGCGUCGGCCCCUUGCCAACUGGGGGUGACGAACUUCGCGCUGCCAAAGGGAACCCUCACUGGUCGCCUUGCGCCAGAUCGCGUGAUUGUGGCGCCAAAUGGACUUGCCUUCGCCCCUCCAGAUGCCCGCCCUGGGGUGCUGCCCCGCCUGCUGCGUGAGAUCUUGGAUACUCGGGUCAUGGUGAAAGCCGCCAUGAAGUCUGCACCCCCAAGCGCAAAGGUGUCGAUAAUUCGUCAUUAA